AGCGCAGCUGUCGUUGGGAGGUCGUUUAUUGACAGAGGAGAAGGUGACUCCUCGGAGCAGGGCAGCUGUUAGUUCGUUUCUACAGUUUUUUAACGUUUAACCCGAAAGAAGACGAGUUGUUUCCAAAGCGAGGAACCAUGUCUUCUUUUGGACGGGCGCUGGGAGUCCUCCGAGCGGGCAGUCGGCUCGUCAGACGCGGCCCUCAGAGGACGACAACCCGAAAAGCUGGCGGUGGACCGCACAUCGAGCCACAGUACCGGCAGUACCCACAGCUGACGAAGAACCAGAAGGUUCAGUCCGAAAUCCUGAGCGGGGCCAUGUGGUUCUGGAUCCUGUGGCACUGCUGGCACGACCCUGAUGCGGUCCUGGGUCACUUCCCCUGGCCUGAUGCCUCCGCAUGGACAGACGAGGAGCUCGGGAUCCCACCAGAUGACGAAGAAUGAGAUCACCACGAGGGAUUCAAGCUACUGGACAAGUCUUUGUGGAAAUCAUCUGGAUGUUCUGAAAGUCAGUGUUGUACAUAGACGAAUAAAAUUCUUUAAAUAUGUUAAA